AUGUUUAAAACGGUCACCCAAUCGGCAGCAAAUCGAAUGGAUUGUAACGGAGGCCUGAUCCCAGUUCACAGCCUCAUGGACCAUGAGCAUUUCAGACCUCUCUGUAUACUGAAAAGAAAAAGAAAAGCCAUAUUCAACUUAUUUCCCCGCUACAGACAAACACACUACACACUCAAGAACCUGCUGCUGCCUGGAGAAGACAACGAGAGCACAGAGUCUCUCUUUCCUGACGGAGAUGAUCAUGGUUCAAAGCAAUUUACAAUCAAAAAAACCACCAGUAACACAGUUCACGGAAGUCUCAGCCUUCCUGUUGACUUGGUAACACAAGAGGUGUCAGGAGGCGUCUCCUUGUGCAACGGGUUGUCCAUCAAGAUGGAGAAGAAGUGCAUAGAAAUACCAAAACUCGACGCACUGGCAAGAAAAAGAAAAAUGGAUAUGAAUCUCUCCUUCAUUCAACAACUAAAGAAACAAGAAGAUUUAUACGUGGUUUACGAAACACUGGAAGCCUUAGAGGAGACCACCUAUGAGGAAUCCACCAAGGCAGAGGGGAGCAUCGCGACCCUGCUUUACGCCAAGUUUCAUGCCAAGGGCACUAGAGAGAAUAAAGAAAGCAUAACCAUACCCAAGGGCUGCACCCUGGCCUUCAAGGCAAUACCGCUGUUCAUUACAGAAGGACGGUGGGGUCUUAACUAUGUCCUACGAGCAGCUACAGAAGUCCUCUCAUUUGGUGGCUUCUCAAAAGGAAGACUAGGAGAAGUGGAGGAAGAAGUGAAAGAGAAUUGUCAAGUUUUCUCCAAUUUGUCUCCUGAUCUGGCUGUCAUAUUUUUAAAUGCCAUCAAAGCUGUGAUGAGAGACAGGAACCUCUUUCAAGAGCUGACUGACAAAAUGGAAGAAGUUCUUGAUGAAACUGGUAGUUGUGAGCUGAAAACAGACAGCCCAGACUUAAAAGACCUGUUGAAGAGCUUACAAGAUUCUUCAAGAGAUCAUUGCCUCAAGCUGGCAAAAGCAAUUACCUACGCUCUCGACGCGUUGGAAGAGCUAACGGAGGACCAGCUGCUGCUACUGCUAGAAUCCUUGGAAGAGAAGAUUGUGUCCCAACAGCUUAAGCUGGUUAAGAGCAUCCUGGAGCACGACAUAGAACGCGGGAAGGGGCCUUUCCACGUGGAUGCCAGCUUGCUCUCCUUCUCAGGAGAAAAGGAGCAAAAAUUAACCACUGCAAUGGUCGAGCUGAGCGGAGUGAAGCUGCAGGAAGAUGGAUUUGCUGUGUGCAGGAAAGAAGCCUUCUCGGCUGUGGCAGCCCUGUAUGUGUCUCUGUACCUCCUCAAUCUUCUGAGUAAGUCAGAUUAG